AUGUCCCAUUUUGCACUGUUUCCCUGGAUUAUGAUACAGAUCUUCAUAGCCCACACCGCAUCCGCAACUGUUCUUAGAGGAGUAAUAGGGCAACCUGUUCAGUUGCCUUGUUUCUACCAGGUGACACGGAAUACGGACAUCUCCGACAUGUGCUGGGGCAGAGGACCGUGCCCAAAUUCAAAGUGCAAUAACAAAAUUUUGCACACCACUGGGAAUAGGGUGACAUUCAGAAAAUCUCAGAGAUACAAUCUCCAGGGCUAUAUUUCCUAUGGAGAUGUCUCUCUCACGAUUGGGAAAGUGAAGGCAGAAGAUGCAGGUACAUACUGCUGCCGCAUAGAGAUUCCGGGUUGGUUCAACGACAUCAAAAAGAACAUGCGGCUGGAGGUGGUCAGAGCCCCUCCAGUGAAGACAACCACCACAAGAAAGGCUCCUGUUUCCCCCAGACAUUUUCGAAAAACAACUUUUGCUCCCCAAGCAACCUCUGAUCAUCAAACAACAUCAGAGACUACUGUCCUCCUGACAACCACCACCCCCAAAGUUACAAGUGCAACCACUGAUCAUCAAACAUCAGAGACUGCUGUCCCCCUGCCGACCACCAUCCCCAUAGUCACAACUGCAACCAUCGAGCCUCCAGCAGUAAUUACACUGGAGACCAUUGCUCCCCCAACAUUUGCUGUGACAGUAAAUGAUGUUUUUCCAGAAACUAUGGUGACAACUGGUGCUCUCCUAGAUUUUUCAACUGGUUUCCAAGCAGAUGACAUGAUGACUGAAGAUGAUGACAUAUUCUGCCCACCAGAGUCUGUCCCUUGUCCUGGAGGUACAAAUGAGACUACAGAAUUCUCAAGUACACUUCCAACUGCAGAGGGAACUAAAAGUGCUGACACUUCUUUCAUGGUGGAAGACCUGUCAGCUACAGGGAUUUCAGAAAGUCCCGAUGACAAGGCUGAGAACCUUGAUGAUAACAGACAUAAGGUAAUUCACGUUGUUUAUCAUGAUAAACCUGGUAAACACACACAGAAGUUUAUAAUAAAAAGCCUUGGACCAGUGGAAGACCUUGAAAAAGUUUUCAGUGGCUCUGAAGGAGAAAACAACAUUUUUUCUCUAUGA